AUGUCCGGCCUGUUUGGCAGCGCAGCUGCGUCCUCGUCGAGCAACACGGUCGGCGAUCUCAAGCAGGACGUCGCCCUCAACAACCCCCCUGAGGACAGCAUCUCCGAUCUUGCCUUCUCUCCCGCUCAAAACCAGACCAGCGACUUCCUGGCAGUCUCCAGUUGGGAUAAGAAGGUCAGGAUAUACGAGAUUGCACCCAACGGGCAGAGCGAGGGACGACACGCAUACGAGCACGAUGGACCCGUUCUGAACUGCGACUGGUCCAAGGACGGCACAAAGGUCCUCUCUGGCGGCGCCGACAAGGCCGUCAAGCUCUGCGACCUGGGCUCCCAGCAGACGAUCAAGAUUGGCGAGCACGACCAGGCCGUGAAGUCUGUCCGCUUCUUCGAGUCGUCCGGCACCCCGAUGGCCGUGUCGGGCUCCUGGGACAAGACGGUCAAGUACUGGGAUAUGCGCUCGCCGACACCCGCGGCGUCGCUGGCCUGCCAGGAACGUGUAUACACGAUCGACGUGCGAAACGAUCUUCUUGUCAUAGGAACCGCCGACAGAUACAUCAACGUGGUGGACCUCAAGAACCCGACAAAGUUUUACAAGACCCUCCAGAGCCCCCUCAAGUGGCAGACCAGGGUCGUCAGCUGCUUCGCGGACGCUGCCGGUUUUGCUAUUGGCAGUAUCGAGGGACGUUGUGCGAUCCAGUAUGUCGAAGACAAGGAUGCUAGCUCCAACUUCUCUUUCAAGUGCCACCGAGACCCUCCCGCGAACAAUGUUACCAACGUCUAUGCCGUCAACGAUAUUUCCUUCCACCCCGUCCACGGCACCUUCAGCACGGCCGGCUCCGACGGCACAUUCCACUUCUGGGACAAGGACGCCAAGCACCGUCUCAAGGGCUAUCCCAAUGUGGGCGGCAGCAUCACGGCCACCACGUUCAACAAGAACGGAUCCAUCUUCGCGUAUGGUAUUAGCUAUGACUGGGCUAAGGGCUUUCAGCAUAACACGCAGGCGUACCCUAUUAAGGUCAUGCUGCACCCAGUUCAAGCGGAUGAGUGCAAGCCUCGACCGACCAUGAAGAAGCGGUAG